CAUUCAGUCACCAAACGACGUGUGACCUUAUCUACAGAACUGACAGGGCUCCUAUCUCAAGCACUGAUUGUGUAUUUUAUAAAUAAAAUGAGGUGUGUCGAUUUUGUUGUCAGUUUGUCCUGAAAUAUAACUUCGACGAGACGUUUGCACACAUUUAGAUAAAAUAAAAACCAAAACAGCCAUGUCUUUCGUCCCAACGGUAACCAUCGAUGAGUUAUCCAGAGGGUCUACGGACCCCACCAUCAACCCUACACCGAAGAAGGUUCUGACGGGAAUUCUUAACGAUUUCAUGGAUUUACAAUUCGGCAAGGAAACCCCAUACACUACUGGAAAAACAGUGAUUCCUGUACAAUGUUCCAUCGAAGACGUGGACCAGUCGAUUGACGAUAAGACUAUAGAGAAGAAGUUUAAGGACAUUUUUGUGAAGAUCUCCGAAACACAUAAGAGUGGAGAUUUGACGCCGCAAUCGAAGAACACAGGAUGGGAUCCUAAAUUAACUCCAGUUUUAGUGUUUGUUACUCCUAAUCCUUAAGUUAUUUUAAGACGAUAAUACUGUAAACGAAUUACCUUUAUAACUUUCUAGUUUACCUUCUUUGGGAUAUUUCUUUUUAUGAAUAGUAUCUAUUUAUUAAAAAUCAAGAUCGUAAACUGAAUGGAUAGCUUCUAAGAAGACUAUUAGGUAGGUUCAUAUUUGCCAACUACUUAUUCAUAUUCUUUCCGUGCAAAAUUAAAAUUAAAACAUGGUAUACCUAUCCGAAAAGUGUUUAAACCAGAUUAUACUUUUUUUGGUUGAUUGUUCAUUUUACGCAGCUUCAUUACAAUAUCCAAUAAUAGGUAUCUACUAAUUUUUAACAUAAUUACCUAAGGAGCAUCACUUAUUUUUCGUUUUGGCAAACCACACAUUUUGUGAAAACUUAUUCUGUUCCUAAACUUUAACAACUUGGUUUAUUGUUCAAUUAAGCUAACGUACACAAAAUAAACUACCUAAAUAAUAACAUUUUGAUAAGAUAAUUUUUAUAUCAACAAUCAAAUGAUAUGCAUUUCGUGUAAAGAUAGUUCAAACUAAGUUUUUGUAUAAUAUUACAAAAUUUUAAUUAAGUACUCAAUAAUAAAAUAACGUUAAUUAAUUCA